UAACAAGAAUAAACAACUCGUAACCAAGCCGAUUACGGCAAAGAUAAAUAUCUAUCAGCUGCGGCUUUCACCCGCUGUUUUUGGCGCAGUGAAUAAACGACGUCGCCACAAUCUCUUUAAUGUUCAACGCGGGUUUGAACGAUCAUUCAGCUAAAGGCAUUAUGGGUUAUGUGAAACAGGAGGACACGGAUACUGGCAUUGUGACGGUGAAAAAAGAAUUCGAUCUGGAAUUUGAAGAACUGGAAUUCGAAGAUUACAGACCAGAGGAAUUUGGGGAUAAGGUGAUAGAGCUGUUUGGUCUCCAGAAUGUAUCUGCUGACGCCAAUGGUCUCAAGAUUUCAACCUGCCAGAAUGAUCAAGAUUCAGCACAGAUAAUAAUCAAAGAGGAAACUGAAUUUGGUGAUAAGGUGAUAGAGCUAUUGGGUCUCCCAAAUGUAUCAGCAGAUACAAAUGGUGCCAAGGUUCCUACAUGUCAGAAUGAUCAUGAAUCAGCACAGAUAAUAAUCAAAGAGGAAAUUGAUUGUGACAUUGACAACGGCUCUGUCAAAGACUUUGAUUCUCCGCAUUUUGCAGAUGAGGUACCGGGUCCAACACUCAGGAGGUCAUCAAGGAGGAGGUGUCAACGGUUUUCUCUAGAUGACCUGUCGGAAAGCUCCACCGACGAAGCUGCAGUGUGCAAAUUCAGAAAGAAGGUGCGGGUACGGAAUUCUUCUCACGACGGAAGAAGAAGAAGAUCGGACCGCGGCACUGUCUGUGGUAAAUCCUUCCAGCUGUACUGCGACAUAUGCGGCAGAGGUUUCAGCCGGAUCGGAUAUCUGAGGCGGCACGCGGAUACGCAUUCCGAAUCGAAGAGGUACUCCUGCGGCCAGUGCGGCAGGUCUUUCGGACGCUCCGACAACUUGAGAGAGCACGAGCGGCUGCACGGGGGGGAGAGCUACGGCUGCGACGUGUGCGGCAAAGUGUUCUCGCAGCCGAGCCAGCUGAAGCGGCACGCGCUGCUGCACACGGGGGAGCGGCGCUUCCGCUGCGACGUCUGCGGCAGGGCGUUCCGGGAGCGCCGCUACCUGCGAGACCACCUGCGCGUCCACACGGGCGAGCGGCCGUUCGCCUGCCACGUGUGCGGUAAGUCGUUCACGCAGGCGGCGCACCUGCGCGUGCACGCGCGCCUGCACACCGGCGAGAGGCGCCACGGCUGCGACGUCUGCGGCAAGCUGUUCUUCCGCCGCACGCACCUCAAGCUGCACGCGCGCGUGCAUACGGGGCUUCGGCAGAGGCGGAGGAAGGCGCGACGCUAGAGACGUGCUGUUUGUCGUAUUUUACCACAGCUUACGGAUAAUUACAGAAAAUCGUAAGGUACCGUCCUCUGCUGCUUGUUCAGAAGAUCCGAACAUGUCGGUAAAGAAAAGGGUGUUACGAACUUCUGAAUAUUUCUAAAGUGUUUGUACGUUGCUGUGAGACGUUUGUAACGUGGCUGACUGUUUGGAUUUUGUGUGGGAGAUUUUGUUGUGAAGUGCGUGUUUUUUAUACUGCGUAGUGUGUGGUUGAACGUAGUGUACCUAUUGACAGGAAUACUAUCACUUCAAAAACUCCUUGUGUUUGGAGGUGUAUUUUCAUAAUUUGGGCUGGUAGCAAUGUAAAGGCUUUGCCCAGUAGCUGAUGGCAGUAUAGUACCGUAAAAUGGGGUGACUU